GAGUUCCCCGUUCUUUCACUUCCGCAGCCAUGUCCAACACUGUGCUUCGUCGAGCAGCACUGGUUGCUUCGCGCCCUUUUGCUCGCACAGCUUCGUUUGCAAGGGCGUACGCAACGCCGUCUCAGGAGCCUGAUCCACAACUCAAUGGCUACCCGCAAUUACCCUACAUCUCGAGGCAGUACCUCCCACCUAGACCAUGGCAGGACCCACUUAUGAGGCGCAAUUUUGGUGAUACGCUUCCAGAACAGGAGGAGGUUCUAUCUAUGUGGGGACCCGAUAUCCCUCCGAUUGCCCCCCAAGCCGCCCUCCGACAGCUGCUUCUAGCUUUUGCUGGUUUCGCUACAUUUGGUUUCGUUGUGAAGAACUACGUGGUACCAGACGCACCUGCGAUUCGUCGAGAGUAUCCUUAUUCUGGUCUUGUCCAAGAGCUGGGUGGUUUAGAAGAAAACAAGGCAAGGGAGGAAAGUCUCGUAGAUUAAAGGAUGGAAUGAGUUCACUUGUAGAUAUAUCAUCCAUUUUUGAUGCGCCCAAAAGAGGUCCGAUUGAUUCGUGGGUCUAGAAAUGGAAUGUUUGAAUCCAUCCUUGACGAUCUUUCAUUU